AUGUCCGGCAUGUUCAAGAGUCCUUUCGGGGCUAAUGCCAACCCUUUCGGAGGGCCCAGCGAUGGAGCCCCAGCGGGAGGCAACGCCAUUCAUCGAGUAGUUGAGGAAGAGGAGAACGAUACCGUUACGUCUCCUACAUCACCAAACUUCGGUAUGAAUGCCGGUUCAAUGUUUAGCGGCCCCUUCGGCGGCGACGCUGCCAACGACGCCCCGCCGUCUGCUCUUAGAAGCCCGCCGAAUCCCGAGAGCUAUCCCGCUCAAUACAACUUUGGCCGCCGAACCUCAGUCUCGGCCGAGUCGCUGAAGCCCAGCGCGGACACGUACGAUAACUGGUCACCUCCUUACCACGAGAAGAGCAAGGAACAGCUGGGACGUCUGCAGACCGCCAUUGAGGGCAACUUUCUUUUCAGCCACCUGGAUGAGGAGCAGAGCGCCCAGAUUCUGGGUGCGCUCAACGAAAAACCGAUUCCUGCUAAGGACAUCAAGGUUAUUAGCCAGGGUGACGCUGGCGACUUCUUCUACGUGGUAGAGAAAGGGUCUUUCGAUGUAUACGUGAACAGCAGCGGUCACUUGCAGCCCGGUCCCGAGGGCAUGGGCCAAAAAGUCGGUACCAUCCAGGCUGGAGGCUCCUUCGGUGAACUGGCUUUGAUGUACAAUGCCCCUCGCGCUGCGACCGUUAUAUCCGCCGAAUCUGGAUGUACCCUUUGGGCGCUGGAUCGUCUCACUUUCCGCCGCAUCCUCAUGGAGUCGACAUUUGCUCGACGACGGAUGUAUGAGAGUUUCCUUGAAGAGGUGCCUCUGCUGCAGAGCCUCACACCAUACGAGCGGUCCAAGAUUGCCGAUGCGCUGGAGACCCAGAAGUACGCGCCGGGAGAAACGAUCAUCAAGGAGGGAGACCCUGGACACUCGUUCUUCCUUCUAGAAAGUGGUGAAGCCGAUGCGUACAAGGGUGGCAGCGAAGAAUCUGUAAAGCACUACAGUAAGGGGGACUUCUUCGGUGAGCUUGCGCUUCUGAAUGACGCCCCUCGUGCCGCUAGCAUUGUUGCCACAACGGAUGUCAAGGUAGCAAGUCUCGGCAAGAACGCUUUCCAGAGACUCCUAGGUCCCGUCGAAGGCAUCAUGAGACGGACAAAGUACGAAGGCGUCAAAACUGGUGUCGAGGAGAUGGAUCCGCUUCAAGCGGCCUAA